AGUCCCCUCUCGAAUUAAUUGGCCAAAAAAAAGUCCCCGCUGGCUCCGAUCUGUUAAUAUGAACACUUAUUAACGCGGGAAAAUGGUGCGGAAAAAUAAGGCUCAAACUGAAACUAUUUCGGUAUUUCCCCUCGCAUUUCUUUCAAAAUUAUCAUCAGCAAAACUAUUUUCAACCUUUAAAUGAUGGAAUGGCAAGAAAUAUGCUUGUCAAGCAAAGAUUUGAAACCAUUUCUCAUUCAAAUUCUUCACCAUUUGCUAAGUUAUUGGAUUGGUGCAUCAAAUCAAACUCAAUUCGCCAUGGACGUUGUGUCCAUGCUCAAAUUCUCAAGUCGCAGUUUUCAUCCGAGAUUUUUAUUCAGAAUAGGUUGGUUGAUUUGUAUGGGAAAUGUGGGUUUGUUGAUAAUGCACGUAAACUGUUUGAUAAAAUGCCUCAGAGAAAUAUUUUCACCUACAAUUCAUUUUUAAGUGGUUUAACGAGGUGGGGUUUUUGUAAUGAAGCUAUUGAGGUGUUUUUAUCAAUCCCAGUGCGUGAUCAGUGCUCGUGGAAUUCCAUGGUUUCUGGGUUUGCACAGCAUGACCGGUUUGAGGAGGCGGUUGAGUAUUUUGUAGGGAUGUAUAGAGAGGGUUUUACGUUAAAUCAGUACUCUUUUGGUAGUGUUCUUAGUGCUUGUGCUGGAUUACUAGAUUUGGAAAUGGGGGUUCAAGUUCAUGCCUUGAUGAUUAAGUCUCCUUGUUUGGUGGAUGUUUAUAUGGGGUCUGCUCUUGUUGACAUGUAUGCUAAAUGUGGUGAAGUGGAAUGUGCUCAAAAGAGUUUCGAUCACAUGGUUGAAAGAAAUCGAGUAACUUGGAAUAGUUUGAUUACGUGCUAUGAACAAAAUGGUCCUGUGAGGGAAGCUAUUGAGGUGUUUGUGAAGAUGAUGGAUCAUGGUUUUGAACCGGAUGAAGUCACAUUGGCUAGUGUGGUUAGUGCUUGUGCGACGUUGAAAUUAGUUAGAGAAGGUAGGGAAAUUCAUGCUUUGGUUAUGAAAAGAGACAAGUUUAGGAAUGACAUGAUUUUGAGCAAUGCCUUGGUUGACAUGUAUUCCAAAUGUGGUAGAAUUAAGGAAGCCGGAUUCAUUUUUCAAAAUAUGCGAUCAAGAAAUGUAAUUUCUGUAACAACUAUGGUGAGUGGUUAUGCAAAAGCAGCAAGUGUGGAAACUGCUAACUCAUUAUUUAUGAAGAUGGUGGAUAAGAAUAUAGUAGCAUGGAAUGCACUAAUGGCAGGUUAUGCACAAAAUGGAGAAAAUGAGAAAGCUCUUAGCUUGUUUCAGCUUUUGAAAAGAGAGUCUGUUUUUCCUAGUCAUUAUACUUUCGCAAAUCUCUUAAAUGCUUGUGCAAAUCUUGCAGAUUUGAACUUUGGCAUUCAGGUUCACGUACAUUUGUUGAAACAUGGAAUUUGCUUUUGUUUGAGACCAGAGUGUGACAUCUUUGUGGGGAAUGCUUUAAUAGACUUGUACAUGAAAUGUGGGUCGGUUCAAGAAGCAUUGCGUGUCUUCCACUCUAUGGUGGAAAGAGACCUUGUUUCUUGGAACGCGAUGAUUGUAGGAUAUGCUCAAAACGGAUAUGCGGUUGAAGCUCUUGAGAUGUACAAGAGGAUGAGAUUAUGCGGCGAGAAACCUGAUCAUAUAACAAUGAUUGGAGUUCUAAGUGCUUGUAGUCAUGGUGGCCUAGUGGAAGAGGGUCGCCACUAUUUCCACUCAAUGGUCGAGUUGCAUGGUUUGGAACCAUGGAAGGACCAUUACACAUGUAUGGUUGAUCUACUAGGUCGAGCUGCUUGCUUCGAAGAAGCGAAAGAAAUUAUUGACACUAUGCCAAUGACCCCUGAUUAUGUUGUAUGGGCGUCUCUGCUUUCUGCUUGUAAGGUUCAUAAAAAUGCUGACAUGGGGAAGUACGUGGCAGAGAGGCUAUUGGAAAUUGAUCCUUCUAAUUCGGGUCCUUAUGUUCUUCUCUCUAAUAUCUACGCAGAGCUUGGAAGAUGGGCGGGUGUUACUUGGGUUCGGAAUCUUAUGAUACAAAAGGGAGUUGUUAAGCAGCCUGGGUGUAGCUGGAUUGAUAUACAGAGCCAUGUACAUGUGUUCAUGGUCAAAGACAUGAGCCACCCACUGACAAAUGAAAUAUAUUUGCUUUUGAGAAACCUUACCAAACACAUGAAACUUGCUGGAUAUGUCCUUGCCCCUACUGAUUCAGAUAUGGAAGAAGAAGAGAUCAAUUAUGAAGCAGUUUAUCAUUCACUGGAAUGUAACUAGUUACUGGCUUUGGUUACAUGGAAUAAUCUAUUCGUGGGUGUUGCUUGUUCAGAAGAAAGGAUGAACACCUUUUGAACCACGGUAAGUCCUCUCUUCUUGAAUCAAAUCUUACUUGAAUAAUGCCAAUUUAUUGAAGUGAAUUUCUCUCGACUUCAUCUGUUAAGCUGAUCACUUUUGAUUAGCAUAUUUUUGUCACUAUCUUAUUAAAAAAUGUUGCGGAUAGUACUUAUGAAUCAUGUUUUGGAUAGGCCUAUUUUUCUUUAUCAUUUAUAUUAUGCUAAAUAAUAGGAGUAUAUUUGUGUAUUAUGUGAUACUAUUCGUUUAGUCACAAAUUUGAGUCUCUUUCACUGUACUAUAAUUAGUAUAUCAUACCAGCAAAACAAUCUAAGGGCAUUAUAGUCUAGCAAAGAAGGGGAAAAAGGGGUGAACUGGCAGAGAAUGCAAAACAUACUUCUAUGAAAAUAAAUGCUGAUUUAAUCAAAUUGCUCUGUUAUCCUCAGUACCUCAUUUUUGUCUUGAUCACGGACCAUUUCAUCAAAUUGCUGAAAUAUUUGAUAGGAUCUUGUGAAGUCUAGCAUUGAAAAGUCCACUAAAAAUGCAAAACAUGCAUUUUGUAGAACUAUGUAAUGCAGAAUCUUCAUUAUACUUUAGGCCCGUUUUGUUGUCGCCGCCCGGCAUUAACUGGUAGGAAUGGUAAUGAAAUGUUAGCGUAAAUUUGGAAGGAAAAUUACUCCUUCAUCUCAUUUUCUUCACAAUAUUAUUCUAAUGCAUUACAUUUGGUGAUGUGUUAUUAGGUGGUACUAGAAAAUGUAAACAAAAAAUUCUUUUUUGAUCAACAUGGGAAUGACAUGGUACAUUUAAUGAAAGUUUACAUCACAACCAUUUACUGUUAUUUAGUACCAACAACCAAUGGGUCUUGGUUCCUUGGACACUCCUAUAUGGUUAGGAUACUUGACACUUCGUCUUGGACCACGAUGUUGUAUACAAGCUUCGUUCCUAAAAUUUGCAAACAAACUAAGACAAGGGAAAGAAUCUAAAGGAAGCUAGGCGUGUGAAUAAAGAAAGACACAUAGUGUUUUGAAGGUGAUGAGUGAGAUUAGGAAGGUUGAUUUUGAAGGUGAGAAUCAAUGGAAAUGAUGAGGGAAGAAGGACGAAAAUAGGACAACAACUUAGUGAAUGUUGAUAGGGGAAAGCGUUGGGGAAAACGUAGGGAUUUAGGGCAUGAAAUGAUGUUGAAGGUAGAUGAAUAAUCUCGAUACAGAAACACCACAAAAAUUAUGCAAAUAAGGGGCAAUUUCUUUGAGUGAAGAAUAGGAUGAUAAUUUGGCUAACCAUAAAUAUCAAGAGAUAUAGAUAUAUCACUCUAAAAUUUAAAGGCUCCUAAGAACACAUAUAAGGUGCCAACUUACAAAGCAUAGAAACUUCCUAGAUGAACUCUCAUCCAAGAAUUCGAUUUGAGGCAAAUGUUGAACAAAGUUCAGAAAUUUCAUAAAUUAUACAACCUAAUUUGGUACAAACUGAACUAUUUAUACUAAUGCAACAGUGUUCUUGAUAAUUAAGUUACAAUUCAUGGGAUUGAUGACUUGCUAACUAGGAUUUGGUUUUCUUGCAUUAAGGAAACCGAAAUCAGCCUUCUAGGGUCUUCUAUCUGUUCCUCAUGUCACCCACAUAACUUCCCAUGUCUCUUGAUUUGAAAUUUAAGAAAAAUUGAUCAAGAAGCGCUUGUGGCACUUAGAUGACUCUUUGGGUUGGACUUUGACUUGAGGGUGGAUGGCCAUCACUAACACAAAAAGUCUAAGCUCGCCCUUGGAUGGCUGGGCGUGUACUCAUGUUUGACUUGAGUUCUCGAAUCGAAGUGACAGUCUUAAGAGAAUGGCUUUGAGUUCAUUCUUUAAGGCAUUUCUUAUCAAAUGGAAUCUCUUCUGAGUACAAGUAAAAUCAAAAUCAGUCGUUGACACAUUUGGAAAAUUUAACAUGGUUGACUGAUUAAAAGUGCCAAUUAAUCAGUUGAUGUCUUAAUGAAACUAGUUUAAUACAACAAUCUUUGGAGUAUGAUUCUUUUUCUCCAUGUUUCUUCUAUCAGUUGGUACUUUACUGUAUUGUACUACAUCAAUGUCAAAGCGUGAAUUCCGACUUGGGAUCGUUUACAUAAACCAAACCAAGUGUAAUUAUCAGGAACAUACCAUAUCAUCAUACCCUGUAAAUCUCGGAUAUAGCUAGGGUUCGAGAGUUGCAAACUAAGAAACUAUGCCCGUACCCCCUUCAUAGAGAGUGCAGGAGGAAUGUGGUCAAAGAGAUCUCCAAAUGUACAAAAUAAAACAAAUGAAAGAUGCCUGCACCAGGACUAAAGAUAACCAUCAGGACCAAACCAAUCAAAUGUAGCCUUUUUUGAACAUAAACUUGAAAUAUUUUUAUGCAUCCUACUUAAGGAUGGAAAUUCAGUCCGAAUUCGCUCUUGAUCCAACUACUAUCCGAGGAAUUUUAUCCGAUUUGAGUCUGAGAAAAUAAUACCCGAUUUUGAAGCCGAUCAUAUAGUCCAAGUCCGAUUUUAAGACGGACCAGAGUUGGACCUCAUAAAAAAUCCUAUACUCUGACUCGAUUCUGACUCCCACUUGACCGACCCAACAUCCAACUCUUAAUUGAAUAUAAUUAUAAUACUCAAAGUUUUUAAAUGCAACAUUUAUGGUUUCAUGAUUGAAUAUUAAAAGAGAGAGAUCAGGUGAAUUAUAGCCAAGGUUAUUAAAAGCGUGAAUUUAACUCAAAUCAAAAACAACUCUCAAAAUUAAAUUGUAAAAUUGGAUCGUAGAAUCGAAUGAUUCAAGAAUUUUGCAAAAGUAAGUUGUAAUUGCUUAUGUAUAGUCUUUAGCUAUUUUUAUUGUAAAAGAACGCUUAACUUAUUUAUUAUUUUAAAAACUUUGUUAUUAUUUAAAAAAUACAUAUAUACUUCUUAUUUGUUUCCUUUUUUGUAUAAUUUUUAUGAAUUAAAAAACAUAAAAAGAUAUACAUUAAUCAAUAAUUAAGUAAAACAAACACACUAAGUACAUACAGUAACAAUAAUUCUUGUUAAAUUAAGCAAUUCUAAGUAGAGUGAUCUUGUAAUAUAUUUAUCAAAGCCACAUUAUAUUGUAAUAUUUUUAGAGCGUUAAUAAUUAUCAACACCAAUUCAAUCAUUUAUAAUUAGUUAGUAACACUAUAUGAAAUCAAGCCUCAAUUAGUAAUCUAGAUAAAAAAAAAUAGAUCUAAGGUAGCAAGAAUUUUCAUUAAAAAGUUUAGAGUCCCAAUCCCGUGCUAUUCAUAAAAUAAAUAUAUUAUGAUUAAGAGUCUCCAUUUAAUCAUUAAAAAGCAAAAAGUAGAAACUAGGGUCUAAUGAUAUAGUUGAUUUGGUAGGUCAAGGCCUAAUUUAGCAUUUUGUGGAGUAUUUUUAAUUAGAAACGUGUAGAAUCAAUAGAACUGUACGAUUCUAGUAGUGAUUCUACGAUUCUAUAUACGAUUCUAAUGAUUUUAAUUGCGAUUCUAGAAUUCUAAGGACAUAUUUUUUUUGUUAAAUUGUAUUUAAAAGGCUACUCUAUCAGUUUUUUAUGCUUUUAAAUCAUUAGUAUAAUAUCGAGAAAAAUAAAGCUUGAUAAGAAUUCGAGCUCCGUCGGAGGUCCGAGUCGGAGCAAAGUAGGAGUAUGCAUAAUCUGACUCUAAGUAGAGGUGGACUGAAAAACAUAAUUUACGUUUUAUCCGGAGCAAAGUCGGAGAGUGGAUAAUCCAAACCGAGUCCGACCCAGUGCCAUCCCUAAUCCUACUAUGCCAUGGAUGAGCCGGUGUCAAUAUACUAAUCAGUAUUUGUAUUAUAUUGUAUUUUAUAUCGCUACAAGUUGUUGUUUUUAAUUGUUUUCUGUUUUUGGUUUCAUAAUUGUUGUUUUCA